UGUGUAUGUGCUCUCCUGGCAGAGCCUCCUCCACUCCCGCCUCUCUCUACGAAAACGCUUUCGGGAAGAAUAAAGUUUUUCCUGUGCUCAGCUAGUCUGUACUCAGAGCCAAGCCGUGGCCUAGCAGGAAGAACGGCUCGACUAUGUGGAGAAAGAAACGGGCACUUGGGGAAUCCUUGGCUUGUCUCGUAUUUCUCGUGACGCUCGUCGAUGCUUAUCGAUUCCUAAGCCAGAGCACAGCCUCCCAGUUCCUGAGCAGGCAUAAGAGAGCCAACUCUCUGUUUGAGGAGAGCAAGAAGGGCAACCUGGAGAGGGAGUGCAUCGAGGAGCUGUGCAACAAGGAGGAGGCCAGGGAGAUCUUUGAGAACCAGCCAGAGACGGAAUACUUCUAUCCCAAAUAUGUUGCGUGCCUGGGUUCACACCGUGUCGGCAUCAAAAACCCGAACAUGGAUGCCAUCCCGUCAGACCUCCGCACCUGUGUGAGGGAGAUCAGUGACCAGUGCACGCCACCUCCAUGCUACAAGGAAGGUUCAACGCGCUGUGUGGACGGACAGGCCUCCUUCACGUGUGAGUGUAAAUCCGGCUGGAAGGGGCCGCGCUGUGAGGACGACAUCGAUGAGUGUUCAGAUCCUGAAUUUCCAGCGGGAUGCAACCAAAAAUGUUACAACUUGCCCGGUAGUUUCCACUGCAUGUGUGAAGAAGGCUACUUCAUCACAGACAAAGUCAGCUGCGUGGAUAUCGAUGAAUGCCUGUUGUACCACAGUAUCUGUGAAGAACCGGCCAAAUGUGUCAACACGCCGGGCAUAUACGAGUGCCAGUGUCCCCUGGGUUUCAAAUAUAACUUCACAUCAAAGACCUGCGACGACAUAGAUGAGUGCCAGUUGAAUGUGUGCGAAGAAACUUGUAUAAACACAGAGGGCAGCUACACGUGCCACUGUGAUGGUCGUCAGGGUCUUCGUUUGGCAGAGGGUCAGCGUUACUGUGAAAGGAUCCCUGUUUGUGUGGAACUGUACGACCACAGACACCCUGAGAUGCUUUACCUGGGGGAGCAGUUUGCGGGCCUUUCUGUUAUCUAUCUGCGCUACCGUCUGCCGGAGAACACAAAGUUCACAGCAGAGUUUGACUUCCGUACAUUUGACCCAGAGGGAGUGGUGCUGUAUGCAGAGUCCUCGCAGGACUCGUGGUUCAUGUUGGGGCUAAGAGAUGGUCGCAUUGAAGUCCAGUUCAAAAACCAGCACACAUUCAAAGUUACAAGCGGAGGAAAAGCUAUCAAUGAUGGACAGUGGCAUGUGAUCUCUGUGGAUGAACUGGAGAGCAGCAUCAGUGUGAAGAUCAGCAAAGAAGCUGUGAUGAGCAUCAACAGCCCGGAGAGUCUCUUUACUUCAGUUAAUGGCAUACUGGAGACCAAGAUCUACAUCGCUGGUCUGCCCAACCGCACUGACAACAUCAUCAAACCUAUCAACCCUCGACUUGACGGCUGCAUCCGGGGCUGGAACCUGAUGAACCAGGGAGCCUCUGGGAUAAAGGAGGUCAUUCAGGAGAAGAAGAGUAAACAUUGCUUUGUGUAUGUGGAACGAGGGUCUUUCUUCUCUGGGGCAGGACUGGCACUCUUCAACAUUGACUACAGUGAUUCUGGGAGCUGGAGUGUGGAUAUAAAGAUGAAUACUCGUCCGUCCAGCAGCACAGGUGUCCUCUUUGCUCUUGUCCACAACAAUACAGUCCCCCUGUCGGUCGCUGUGGUAACGCAGGGACCGGAAGAUGCUAACCUGCAAGUGUUCUUGUACGGCGUCUCCGUGGCAACACUGGACUCACUGAUGUUGUGUUACCCUGACCGGCUGACGGUGCAGCUGAAAGUGACUCCCACAGAAAUCCAAAUGUCAGCCAACUCCUCCACUGUUACCUACAUGAAGUCUGUUGCCCUGCAGGAGGCACUGCAGCUCCUCAACAGCACCAUGCAGAACCCCAUCAGUACAUAUAUUGGUGGGAUACCAGACAAUGUCCCGUUACCUGCCACCCCUGUGACGGCCUUUUACCACGGCUGCAUGGACAUCACUAUCAACGGCCAGCAGCUGGACUUCGACAAGGCUUUCAGCAAACAUAAUAGUAUUAAGUCCCAUUCCUGUCCUCCUUUGUCUGCCCCUGAGAGUCACCCUGACGCACAGCACCCGCACAGAAACUGACCUUCAUUAACAUCACAUUAAAAAAAACCUGACUUUAGGCAGCAUCCCAAAGCGGCCACUUCUUGGGAUAUUUUGGAAAGAGAGAUAUAUAAAAGGUGAAGGGAGGGAGGAAGGGGACGAGACGUGACAAGAAGAGGAGACAGAGUUAGACAGUUAUAGUCAUUUCUGUCGACUUUCUCUCGAAGGGUUAAUUUUAAGCUUUGUGUUAUGCUUUUCAUCCAUACAGUAUUAUUGUUCCUGUCCUGGGAGUAUAUUUUUGAAGUGAGGCACAACGGAAGCUAGAUGUCCGGAUGGCUGAAUGACGUAGUUGUAGCAGUUUGUUGCAAUGAAUUAAAUGCUUUCCAAGAAACACUAGAAAAGAGCUGAGCUCUGUAGCACACAUACCAUGUGUUGAGCAAAAGAGAUGGUUAUGUUUGUGUAGAAAAAUAAACAAAUGGUCACUGUUGACCAGGCUUCGAGACCACCUACAUCUUUUUCCCCAUCUGUAAAUUCUCUUCAAUUUUGGUCUAGUGGAAGCAAACGUCUGGAGGCAGCUCGCAAUUGUGUUUGUUGGUUAUGACGGUGAAACCACAGAGAAAGUUGAGCGUCCAGGCUUUCCAUCCAAUUCUGUUGCAUCUUCUUGUUUGAAUCAUCAUCCCUUAUUGGGGUUCUGCCUUCCUGAGGUGUUGCAUUAGUUUAGUAGUGUUUAGAAACAUGGUUUAUCAUUUCAUUGUUUCCAGAAUCAUGUUUGUCGCCAGACGUAUACACCUCUCAUAGAGUGCUGCAGGGAUGACAUAUUUUUGUCGGCUAACCCGGAAGUUAGCAUUGCCCUGGUUCCCUCGACAAAAACAACAAUAGGGAUUUUUUUUUUUGCAGAAAAUAAAUUCUGCGGCAAACAAAAGUUUAUGAUACUUAAACAUUUUGUUCAGCAAGAUAAUCUUCACAAAUAAACACUACUUUUAGGAUUUUUGAAGUCUAAAUGCAAAUGGCAGAAGUACAGAGAUAAUGUUUGGCGAACAACACCACGUUCUCCACCACUCAGCUUCCAACUUUGAUUUUGCUUCAAUGCUAUUUCUGUGUCGGUCCCUGUGUUCAGAAUUCACUAUUCAGUAUUUAAAGCAAGCCAUCUUUAAUAUAUAACUUAAAUGUAGUUGUUGAGUGUUGUGUUUGUUUUAAUAAAAUUGGUCAAAGCAA